UUUAAGAAUUCAAUUUUACUAAAUUCCUUCCGCCAAGUUCAAAGAAAUUAUAUAUUCAUCAAUCUAAAGCACAACUGCACAAAUGGGUAGCUGCUGCUGCAUGGUGUUGUAGCCUUAUCCACUCACAGUUUAGGACUUCAAGAAAUAAAUUUUCCAUAAAUUUCUUCAAAACAAUUAAAGCAAAGCAGUUCAAUUCAAAAUACCGUUACCCCCAAAUUCGGUUAGCAGGAAAAGAAAGCAAUUGGCGCGAACAUGGAGUUGCAAGGGCUCAGAGGCUCCAAUAAUCCCAAGGCGAUGCUUUCUUCUCUGCUGAACAAGAGAGAAAAGCUGCAAGACGAGCUCCGUAGUGUUGAAAAGCAGGUGUAUGAGCUGGAAACGAGCUACUUACAAGAAACAACCACGUUUGGAAAUGUGUUGAAGGGCUUUGAUGGGUUUCUGUCUUCAUCCAAGAGUGCAUCCAACUUAAAGAGAUCCAGAAAGUUUCAGCUUGAAGAUAGAGUAUUCUCAUUGUCCUCAGUCACCUCACCAGCGGCUGAGGAGCUUCGAGUUGGCAAAGAGGAUGGAAAAUCAGACAUGGUUCAAGGUAGACCAAGACUUGGAGGUGUAGCAACUACUGGACCGGGAAAGCCAAAAAAGGGGAGAACAGGUCAGAGGGAAGUAAAGAAAGUCAAGAUCACGAGCGAGUUGGAUCCUGAUGAGGAUGAUGAUCUUGAUAUGAGAUAGCUCGUUUGAUUUUGCUCGAUCCGGAACCUGUAUUCUUUCACCUAGCUAGUGCAGUUGUGGCAAUACCAUUUCGCUUUGCUCUAAUCUCUUAUGCCAUAUGAGGUAAAAAAUGGAGAGUCCCGUAUUCUUGGAUCCAUAAACACUUCCAGAGAAGUAAUGAAGCAGAAAAUAUAGAAAGAAUAUGUUGGUCCCGAAGCAUCACUGUUUGUACUAUUCCAUCUAGAGGAUUUUGAGUUUUGUACCGACUCAUAACUUUGCUAUGAUAUGUUAUUGGCUGUAAAAUCGUCGUGUUAGUUCAUCAUCACAUAGACCUGCAUUAACCCUUUACAGUGAAUUGUAGAUUUAAGUUCGGAUAACGACAUUCUAUCUCUUAACAUUUAUUACUAGAUAACUGUUUGCUCU